AGUUUUGGUCUUUUGGCAACCGUAGCGCGGGCAACCUCUAAUAAAAAACAGACCCGAGGGCCAAAACCCUAGUCGUCGUUUGUGAAGGACAAAAGGCAAAGUUGGUCUUCCCCUCCCCUCCAACGCCUCCCGUUUCGAGGACACACUCUCACUCCCUUUGCCUUGGACCAAACAACAAACAAACACACCCUCCUCUUCGUUAACGAAAUGGUGGACCACCACAGCGCAGCCAGGCCACUCAAGAGAGCUCGCAGGACUACCAGAGUCACUGCCGACCUCUCCGAUUUCCUCUCUUUCCCUUCCCCCUCCACCACCGCCGCCUUUUCCGGAAAGCCUUUCCGUGAAGCCGUCCGGAGCUUCCUAUCCUCCCACGCCCGCCUCACCACGGCCUUCGCACCGCCAGUCCUUCCCUGCCUCAUGACGUGGCAGAUCCUGUUUAGAGUGGGUGAUUCUGUGACGGACGCCCACGAUCCCUCGCCGAUCGUCGCGGCGCUUUAUAUCGUGGAGGAGGACGUCACCAGAUCCUCAAGAUCUGUCUACUGCGACCAGUGCCGAGUCGUUGGAUGGAGCGGGCAUCCUGUUUGCCGAAAAAGAUACCAUUUUAUCAUAAGGUCUUGUGAUAAUGGGAUCAAUUCGUACGAGAACAAGUCUUGUCCGUCAAGAGUGGUUAGUGGGGAUCAUGAUGAUGAUGUCCAUGAUGUUGAGGAAUGGGAGUAUUCACAGUUUGAAGAUAACACGCAUUUGCUGCAUGGAGUUGUUCACUCCAAUGGUUACGGCCAUCUUCUCACUGUCAAUGGCAGAGAAGGAGGCUCCAACCUUCUCUCUGGUUUUCACAUCAUGAACUUCUGGGAUUCCCUCUGCACACUUCUCUCUGUCAGGAAGGUAACCGUGAUGGAUGUAUCAAAGAAAUAUGGUAUGGAAUACAGGCUGCUUCAUGCAAUUACCAGAGGCCAUUCCUGGUAUGGUAACUGGGGUUAUGAGUUUGGAUCUGGAAGCUACGCCCUCACACAAGAUGCUUACAAGAGAGCAGUGGAUAACCUCUCGACCAUGCCGUUGUCCCCCCUUCUGUUCCAAGGGCGUAAGACCCGAACUCGCCUGCAGAACAUCAUUUUUUUUUAUCAGUCCUUGUCAUGUUCAGAACUUUCAACACUCAAGGAUCUGUUUUCAUUCCUCCUAAGACUCAUCACUGAAAGCCACAGGACCUCAAUGCCUAAAACAUCCAAAAUGUCAGACUCUUCCACAAAUGUAUUGUGUGCAUGGACAAGAAAUGAUGUAGAAUCACUGCAGCAAGCUAUGAUUAAAGUGCUAAUGGCCACAGCUCCAGGUUCCAACUGGGUAACCAGGCGUGGUCUAAAGGGCGUCAUGAGUAAGGCAGCCUCCCCUGAACUUCUUGAUUACUGCCUUAAGCACUUGAGAGGGAAUUUGGCAACCAAUGGCAAGGUGGUUGAGGCUCGUUGCAAUCCAAACUCCAGUGAUAUUGAGUUCAGGCUUCAGCCCCUUAGUUCCGUGCCAAAUGAAUCUAGCUUGUACUCAAAUUGCCCAUCAGAAGAGCACAUCAAGGGUGAUCUGAAAUUUUUGUUUGACUCCUUGCUCCACCCUGAAACCAUGUUGACUUACAGACCUCAAGCAACAAGGGAAUGUGUGAUUGACUCGGCUACUAAGCUUCUUGAUUGCAAGCAAUUUGUGAAAGACUACAAACCAUAUGCUUACAAUCCCUUUGCCAUUUGUGUUUGGUGUCAUUUAGAGCUUUCUGAUCAACCUAAAGAUGAUCCAGUUCCUCCCCCUGAACUGAUUGUUUUACCCCUUAAUGCUACCAUCGGUGAUCUUAAAUCUGAAGCUACAAAUGCUUUUGAAGAUGUAUAUGCCAUGUUUAAGAGGUUUCAAGUUGAGCAUCUACUAGAUUACGGUUCUGUAGAGGACAACAUAACUCUGAAAUUAUUGGUUGGCACAACUGGAUCAAUUCAAGUUAAAGGAAGAUGUCCAUCAAAGCAUGGACUUAACCGAUAUCGACUGGAGAGGGGAACAGAUAACUGGACAGUUGACUGCACUUGUGGGGCAAAGGAUGAUGACGGUGAGAGAAUGUUGGCCUGUGAUAUAUGUGGUGUUUGGCAGCACACAAGGUGUGCAGGAAUUGACAAUGCUGAUGCAAUACCUGCAAAGUUCAUAUGCAUGAGAUGUGCUAACUCGCUUCACAAGAAAUCUACAAGCAUUCCAAAUUCUGGAAUGGAAGCUAGAAAGUUUUCUCAACUUGACACUUGUAGGGGAGCAAUCGGAAGUAAUGGUCCUGGAUUUACUACUGCCUUGACAGUAGGGUGAAUGUAUAUUUGUGUGUAAACAUGUAAAUAGUUUCUGUUUAGCUUAAAGGGCGAUUAUCAGUACAGGGCUUUUUCUCCCCCACGGUUUUGGAGCCAUAAGCUGCUUGUUCAACAUAUUUUAUCCAAGGAAUUUGUAUAGAAUAUUACUUUAAAGAAAUUUAACCUUUAUUUAAACAAAGUGGUUCAUUUGUAAAGA